GGACCCGGGUUGGCUGGCCCAGUUUUGUACGGGAGACUGAAGGCUACGUCGGCGUAACAGUUGAAAGGGAAGGACGCGGAGACCACCCGGUACCCGUCCCAGGAAUUUACAGUUUCUGUUUUGGCGCCCUGUGGGGAUCGCGGGUGCGAAGCGUGGGCAGAGCGAUGGGGCGGGCGCGCCGCGUGGGCCACACUCGCAGAGCCGCCCACCGCCGCCACGAGGCCGCCUAGCGCGCGCCUGGACUGCAUUUCCCAUAGGCCCGUGCGGCGCAGCACCGCCCAUCCGGGCCCCACGCGAGUGCGCGGCCGCGGGGUGUCCUGGCUGCAGCCCCCGCCCGCCCGCAGAGCUUUUGAAAGGCGGCGGGAGGCGGCGAGCGCCAUGGCGAGCCUGGGCCGCCUGCUGUCCUUGCUGGGUCUGCUCCUCUGCGGGGCGGCGAGCCUCGGGCUGUCCGGACCCUACAGCGACACUGCCAAGAAGCCCAUCAUCGGAAUAUUAAUGCAAAAAUGCCGUAAUAAAGUCAUGAAAAACUAUGGAAGAUACUAUAUUGCUGCAUCCUAUGUAAAGUAUCUGGAGUCUGCAGGUGCAAGAGUUGUACCAGUAAGGCUGGAUCUUACAGAGAAAGAGUAUGAAAUACUUUUCAAAUCUAUUAAUGGAGUCCUUUUCCCCGGAGGAAGUGUGGACCUCGAGCGCUCAGAUUAUGCUGAGGUAGCCAAAAUAUUUUACAACUUCUCCAUACAGGGUUUUGAUGCUGGAGACUAUUUUCCAGUGUGGGGCACAUGCCUAGGAUUUGAAGAACUUUCAGUACUGGUUAGUGGAGAGUACUUAUUAACUGUCACAGAUACUGUUGACGUGGCAAUGCCGCUGAACUUCACUGGAGGUCACUUGCAGAGCAGAAUGUUCCAGAAUUUUCCUGCUGACUUGUUGCUGUCAUUAGCAGCAGAGCCUCUGACUGCCAAUUACCAUAAGUGGAGCCUCUCCAUGAAGAAUUUUACGAAGAAUGAAAAUUUAAAGAAAUUUUUCAAUGUCUUAACUACAAAUACAGAUGGCGACAUUGAGUUUAUUUCAACAAUGGAAGGAUAUAAAUAUCCGGUGUAUGGAGUCCAGUGGCAUCCAGAGAAAGCACCUUAUGAGUGGAAGAAAUUGGAUGGCAUUUCCCACGCACCUGAAGCUGUGAAAACUGCAUUUUAUUUAGCAGAGUUCUUUGUUAAUGAAGCUCGGAAAAACAACCAUCAUUUUAGAUCUGAAUCUGAAGAGGAGAAGUCACUGAUUUAUCAGUUCAGUCCAAUUUAUACUGGAAAUAUUUCUUCAUUUCAGCAAUGUUACAUAUUUGAUUGAAAUUAUUCAAUUUGUUAACAGAGCAACUUUGAAUAAUUCCAUGAUUAAACUAUUAGAAUAACUUGCUACUCAUGGCGAGAUUGGGAUGUCACCGAAUCUUUUCUGUAAUGUGACUGCCUUUGCUUCUUCAUUCAGUAUGUGACUGUUUAUAAUGUUUCAUAACUAAACAGUGAGACAUAAAUAAUCAGUGUUUUUCAUGGAAAAGCUUUCUUAUGUCUGAAAAUUGGAAAAAAAUAAAUUUACUGAAAUACAAA